GUGCCCCCACACUGCCUUCCUUCACAGUCUACUUGAGACAGACUUAAUUAAAACACAAACAAAUGUGAAAUCACAACUGUUACGGUGUCUUAAAGGAAGAGUUGAGUGUACACAGAAUGUGUAUAAUAGCAAGACUUAACCCACUGUAGAUACUCACCUCUUUCCAGGAUUAGGUCAUUAACAUUCUCUAUUCCCACGUGUUCCCUGAGUGGGAACCCAUUCCACUGCCAUCGUUUCCUUCCCUCUUCAAAGGGAGCCACAGCAUUCCGAACUACACCCGGUGAAAAGAGGAUUUCAAGGAUAUUCCUCAGGAGCUUCAGAUGUUAAUAAGCAAAAAUUAAAACUAUACUUUCAAGUUUUUAAUUAGGUGUGGAAUAAUUGCUAGUGCCCUGGAGAAGAUGUCGGUGCUAAACUGUUCUACCAAAUUACUGAUACUGGAAAAAAUGCUGAAGAGUCACUUUCCUGAGUCACUCAAGGUUUAUGGAGCUGUGAUGAACAUAAAUCGUGGGAAUCCCUUUCAAAAGGAAGUGGUAGUGGAUUCAUGGCCAGACUUCAAAGCUGUUAUCACCCGGCGACAGAAAGAGGCUGAGGUGGAUAACCUGGACCAUUAUACUAAUGCCUAUGCUGUGUUCUACAAGGAUAUCAGGGCUUACCGACAGCUGUUGGAAGAACAUGAUGUUAUCAACUGGAAUCAAGUUUUUCAAAUACAAGGGCUGCAGAGUGAAUUAUAUGAUGUUUCCAAAGCUGUUGCCAACUCAAAGCAGUUAGAUGUAAAGCUAACCUCCUUCAAGGCCGUUCAAUUUUCUCCUCAUCCAACUCUGCCGAACACCAGUUCCCUAAUGGGUUCUUCCCCACGACUGACUUGCCUGAGUGUUGCUGAUGCUGAUCUUCUCAACAGGACUUGGUCGCGGGGUGGCAAUGAACAGUGUCUCUGGUACAUCGUGAACCUCAUCUCUUGCUUCCCCAGUGUAUGUGUCCGCGAUGACAAGGGAAACCCAAUCUCUUGGUCUCUCACAGAUCAGUUUUCCACCAUAUGCCAUGGCUAUACCUUGCCAGAGCAUCGCAGAAAAGGUUAUUGCCAGCUGGUGGCCUUCACACUGGCCAGGAAGUUACAAAGCCAAGGGUUCCCCUCUCUGGGUAAUGUCCUGGAUGACAACAUGGCAUCCAUAAGCCUCCUGAAGAGUGUCCAUGCUGAGUUCUUGCCUUGUCGUUUUCAUAGGCUUAUUCUCACCCCUGCAACUUUCUCUGGUCAAAUUUACCUGUAG